CUUAAAUGGGAAUGUUUUGUCUCUUCGUCGAUAUGCGAGAGAUGCUUAUUAUCUUUUUCAGGAUUUAUGUUUAUUAUCCAAUGGAGAAAAACCUAUACUUCUCAAAUUAAAUAGUAUAUCAAAAACUCUUUGUUGGGAAUUAAUAGAAUCGAUAUUGUCGAAUCAUUUCAAACUAUUCGAAUCGUAUCCGGAAUUUACAUUUUUACAAAGAGAACAUGUUUGUCCCCUUAUGUUAAAGAAUUUAACUAUCAAAUAUGACUUUCCAACUACUAUGAGAAUGUUACGAAUUGUUUAUAUUCUAUUGAAAAAAUUUAAUGAAAUUUUGGUGAUAGAAUGUGAAAUAUAUUUUAAUAUGUUUAUAAAAUUUCUUGAACCAAGUUAUCCAUUAUGGCAAAGAGUUAUUUCAAUGGAGAUAUUUCAUGGAAUUUGUAUGGAUG